GGAACAAGCAGGGUACCGCCCACUGUGCUGCAAGAUGGUACGGCGGUCAGUUUUGGGGCAGGUGUAUAUAUACGGUAUAUAUGAGCUGUAGAGUUAUAGUGAAUAUUUAUAGUGAGCUGUGGGCGUUGUGAGCGGUUAUUCGGUUGGAAACCGUCAACCUGAUCCGGCAAACCUGACGCCAACUUUUGUGCUUGUGGUCACGCGCCGGUUGCAUUAGUGAGGGAGAACGUCAGGGUUUCCUGUGGGAAAGAUGGAGACCAUGUCAGCUGACGACCCGUUCAUUACCGAGUAUCAGCUUCUGGAGAGUUAUCAUAAAAAAAGAAAGUCAAGAUCAAUCGCAAAGCCCAGACACCCAAUCGUCCUACAGGGUUGGUCAGGCAAAUACCAGCAACCAAUAGUCAACCGCUGUGAACAGGUGUCUGCAGGGAAACGGGUUCCUGCUUCUGCAGAGGCUGAACCAGAGGCAUUUGCUCAAGUGGCUGAUAAACUGACUCACAUUGUAGACAGCGCACCUCCUGCUCAGGAUCAAGUAGUAACAGACUGUGGUGUCAUCCAGCGGCUUGUAGAGUUAUUGAAAGAAUAUGGGGAUCAAGUGAAUGAAAAGAUUCAGAAGGACAAGGAACUUUUAAGCUAUCUCCAAGGCCUCUUCUCCUACAACCUUUUUGAAGAACUGGCCUCAGCCUUCAUUCACAGCAUGGUGACCCCAGGCAAGCAGAGGGAAGAGGAUAUUGAUCAGAAAAUGAAGAUUGCUUGGACCUUUGAGAUGACCAGCAGGCUGAGUGCCUUGGACCUGCAGCCUAUGAACAGAGCAAUGGGAUUCGGGGCCCAGUAUGUGCACCAGCAUUUUGCACCAUGGAUUCAGCAACAUGGUGGCUGGGAGAAUGCUUUUAAAAGUGAUGAAGAUGAUGAGGUGCAGUGAAAAAGCCCUGCCUACUUUUCCCAAUAGAGAAACAUCAUGUUGUCCACAACUAACCUCCUGAAUAAACAACUUUGCAAUGCCCAAAUGAAAGAUCCCUGGAUUU